AUGGCCUCGUACUCCGCAUUCUUCUCGUCGGGCCUGCUCGCGCCGUAUCAGGCCUACACGUCGGCGACCGCCUCAUCGUUCGACAUGUCCCCAAUCCGACCUGCGAGCCCCCUACCAGGAGCCGAUAUCGAGCGCAGUAGCACACCGACCCCAUCGAGCCAUCGCAACAGCUCUGAACUUCCGCUCAUAGAUGAGGACGCUGCCAUGCCCAGAACCACCCAUUCUCCCCAGUCGUCGGGUGCGCCGCGCCUACGCAGGCGGCGGUCCAGCCUAACCGUCGGCUUGUCGCCCAUGAACACCAUCAAGUCGCCCCAGCGCAAUGCCGGCGCGGCCAUGCGAUUUGCACACCACUCUAUCUCCAUCUCCUCGCCUUCGAGGAGUCGCAGCGGUAGUAUCGGUGCUGGGAAUGGGAGUAGCAUGGGAGGGAUCGCGGCGGAUUUGUUUGGCGUUGCGAGCCAAGGCACGAGUCUUGUUGGGAGGAUGAGGAGUGGAAGUGUUGGUGGAGCCUUACGACCACGUCGAGCGCUUCGCCGGGGUUUAUCCAGCUUUGUGCCAGCAGCAGCCCCACCGCCGAGUGCACCUUUACCGCCAUUACCGUUGCUGCCUUUCAACGCGAACUUCAACUCACGCCCACAGCAAGCGACUCCUUCAUCUUGUCUCCUCGAUGCCCCUGUUAUCCGUUCCAGAGAUCGCGCAUACUCUAUUGAUGCCAAUACUAUCGACGAAGAAAUGAAAGAAAACUAG